CAGUUGUCACAAGAGUUGAAGGCAGAGUCUGCAGAGAAGGUGAAGCAGUUCUCUCGAAGGUUCUCUGAGUCAUGGUAAAACUUUUUCUAGGUCUCAGAAUGGAGUAGGAGUAGGAGCAGGAGCAGGAGCAGGAGCAGGCUUAGGCUCCACACUCGAUUCAGCUCUGGCAAGUUAUGCUCUCCAUCGAUAGAGAGCUGAGCCAUCUUCAAAUAAUGUUGGAAAGCCAAAAAAAAUUCCAUAAUUAAGCAUUCUCACAAGGAAUAUUGAGGGUCAUCAAUUCCUAUAGCUUUGUUCUAAUAAUUAUUUGACCUUUCUAUGGUACGAACAAUCAUUAACUUAUUUUGAUUAUUAUUUAUAAAUAGGGCUCCCCUAUGAUGAACCCAGCUCUAAGGUACUUGACAUUGAGGUCACUUGGUUAUCCUGCUGUUCUUUCUUUGGCCAUGCAAGGGAUCUUUUGAGGAUUUAAAGACACAAAAACUCCUUUAUUUGCUACUGCAAGGGAUCUAAAAAGUAUAAUUUUAGACCCUGUAGAUGUUCGUUUUCUGUUUGGGAGUCAAUAAUGCAGCACUUGCCCAUGUCAUUUCUCAGUACUUCAUUGCUAUCAUACUGUUGUGGAGAUUAAUGAAACACAUUGAACUGUUACCUCCAAGUAUUAAAGAUCAACAAUUUAGUAGGUUUCUUAAAAAUGGAAAUCAUUCUCUGACAGAAGGUGUCAAUAAGAAUGAUUUGAAUCAUCAGAAGGUUAAAUUGAAUUUAAUAGUCACGUUUUAAUAUGUUUAUGUUCCCCCCUUAGAACUCCAAUUAUUUGAGUUAUUUUAAUCAUGCUUUUCUUCACGCUUCUUCCUUUUCAUUUCAUCUAUAGGGUACUGCAGAUGGUUCGAAAAAAACAGUAAGUCCAAAUCUGAUAGUUUUGGUGAGACAUGGUGUUAGUAAUGGAUUUUGAUGCACAAACUGGCUUAUGUAGCUUUUGAGGUUUUUUAUUUUUUAUUUUUAAUUAUUUUUCCAGUUAAGGCAAAUGAUGGGUGGAAAGUAUUGGCUGAUGUCAGACAUAGUGCUAUUGACCGAUUUUGAUGCACCAAACUUGCUUAUGUGGCUUU